UAUCGGGCGACAGGCUUGAGUGCUUGAGGAGACCCGUCUGGCCCGUAUAGAUUCACACAACAGUAAAGAAAUAGACUUGUGAAAUUUGAUUAACCUCACUGAAAAGGUCAAACAUUUCCGGCCGGAGAACACAACUCUGUGCUUUCAAAUGCUACACCUUUGACAGAAAUAUAAAAUAGAGAUGAUUCGAAUAACAAGCUGCUGUUUGUGCAUAGCAAUACUAGUUGCACUACUGAGUCUGCUGUCCGAAUCAGCACCACAAGGAGCGUAUCGGAGAGAUCCAGGUCAUCAACAGUGGCGUCAUGGAGCUUUUCAAGACGUUAAAGACAACGUUCGAUCCGAAGUUCGUCAAAUGCUUCAUUCUCGUGCCGAGGUUCCAUUUCAAGUCCCUCUUGAAGUCAACAUAGUUCUUGUUGGUUUUAGUGGCGAUGGAGGCUAUAGGUACACAUUAGAUUCUCCGAAGUUGGAGGAGUUUCUGAAAGUCAGCUUCCCAACUCAUAGGCCCUCGUGUUUGGAGACGGGCCAGCCACUUGAUAUAGAGCAUCACAUUGUAUAUAAUACAUUCCCGGCUGGGCAGCCAGAACUAAUAGCCUUGGAGAAAGCACUUAAGGCAGCAAUGGUGCCUGCUGGAAAUGCAAGAGAGACUGAUUUUGGAAGGGAAGUUCCCCUUUUUGAAGUUGAGGCAACUGCUGUGGAACCAGAAUUUCAGAAGCUUUACUCUUACCUGUUUGAUCUUGAGAGUUGGGGACAGUCAGCUGAAGAGAUGGAUAGACCUUGGCCUACUGUAAUCUUUAUUGUUAACUUUGAUAAGGUAAGAUUGGAUCCGAGGAACAAGGACAUUGACCUGGACAGUUUAAUGUAUGGCAGAAUUACACAACUUAAUGAGGAAGAGAUGAAAAAACAAGAAGGAGAUUACAUAUAUCGAUAUCGUUAUAAUGGAGGGGGUGCUUCUCAAGUCUGGCUUGGCUCCGGCAGGUUUGUUGUGGUUGACCUCUCAGCAGGUCCUUGCACUUAUGGAAAGAUUGAAACUGAAGAAGGAAGCAUUAGUUCCAGAUCAUUGCCUCGUUUGCGAAAUGUUGUGUUUCACAAAGGAUCGGGUGUAGUAACUGAGCAUGCUGCUCAUGAUAUUUUUGUUGGUCAGCUUGCCUCUCUAGUUGCAACCACCAUUGAACACGUAAUAGCUCCGGAUGUUAGGUUUGAAACUGUCGAUAUGACAACAAGGUUGCUUAUCCCUAUCAUUGUCCUUCAAAAUCAUAAUCGCUUCAAUAUCAUGGCAAGGGGCAAUAACUAUAGUCUUGAUGUUGGAGCAAUAGAAGCGGAGGUGAAGAAAAUGCUUCACAAAGAACAGGAAGUAGUGAUGAUUGGAGGUUCACAUGCUUUGCAUCGCCAUGAGAAAUUGGCUAUAGCAGUUUCAAAAGCCAUGCGUGGUCAUUCCCUUCAAGAAACAAAGAAGGAUGGACGUUUCCAUGUACAUACAAAGACGUAUCUUGAUGGUGCGAUCCUUAGAGAGGAGAUGGAACGAUCUGCUGAUGUGCUUGCUGCCGGUUUACUUGAGAUGUCUGACUCUUCACUCUCAAGUAAAUUUUUCCUCCGCCAGCACUGGAUGGAUGAGAGUGAUGGUACAGCUGAUUCUGUACUAAAACAUAAACCUAUCUGGGCUACUUAUAACCAGAACCGAAAAAAGGAGAAGAAAAGAACAGUAGAAAAGAAGAAACAAGGAGGUCUGCACCGCACAUAUGGUACCAGAGUCAUUCCAGUGUUUGUUCUAUCUUUAGCUGAUGUGGAUGAACAUCUGAUGUUGGAAGAUGAAAGUCUUGUUUGGACAAGUAAAGAUGUAGUUAUCGUACUCCAACAUCAGAAUGAUAAGAUACCUUUGAGAUUGCUAUCAGUUUCCUUUGUCGGACUCUUCAAUUCCCACCGGGUGCGUGUCGGAUCCUUCAAAAGUAGUGCAUUUUUGGAGAGUCCGAGCAACAUAGACUUUAGCUGCAGCAGCCUCUUCCUAUGGAGCUAUGUUUCAGAAAUAGAGAGAAGGUAUGCUAUUCCAAUGCUAGCGCAACAACAUAUAUUGGCAGGGCUGGCUUCUGUUGUGGGUGGGUUGAGUGCUCCAUAUGAAAAGGCUUCUCAUGUGCAUGAAAGGCCUGUUGUAAAUUGGCUCUGGGCAACAGGUUGCCACCCAUUUGGACCAUUCUCUAACACUUCACAAGUCAGUCAAUUGCUCAAGGAUGUCGCCCUAAGGAACACCAUAUAUGCACGUGUUGAUUCAGCCCUUCACCGGAUCAGGGAGACAUCAGAGGCUGUACAAGCUUUUGCUGCAGAACAUCUUAAAACUCCUCUUGGUGAACCAGUAAAGGGUAAAAAGAACAAAACAAGCACUGAAUUAUGGCUGGAAAAGUUCUAUAAAAAGACUACCAACUUACCUGAACCAUUCCCCCAUGAGUUAGUUGAUCGUCUAGAAAAAUACUUGGAUAGCCUCGAGGAACAACUCGUAGAAUUGUCUUCCCUGCUAUAUGAUCAUCGCUUGCAAGAAGCACACUCGAACAGUUCAGAUAUCUUGCAAAGUUCCAUUUUCACUCAGCAGUAUGUGGAACAUAUUUUGGCUUCUGAGAGGGAGAAAAUGAAAUGCUGCAGUAUUGAAUACAAGCUUCCUGUGCAAUCUUCUCAGAAUUUAGUUUAUGCUGGUAUUCUUUUAGCCGGAUUUUUUGUGUAUUUUGUUGUAAUCUUCUUUUCAUCCCCUGUACGUUAAUUCCAGGAAUAAUCCCUAUUGUUAGAUCACAUAAAUUUUGAAGGAAAUAGUAAGAUGAAAUUUGAUAAA